CCUCAAACACUUGUACUACUCUAAGCGAAAGCAAGCCAAGUAGGGUUUUGAGAAUAUCAAAAUGGCUUCAAAAAGAUCAGCUUCCGUGGCCCUCUUUUUGGCACUCAACAUUCUCUUCUUUUCCCUUGGCAGUGCUUGCAACUCCUGCCCUUCCACCAAUCCUAACCCUAACCCAAGGCCGAGGCCAAACCCCACUCCAUCUGCGAGAGGCAAAUGCCCCAGGGAUGCCCUUAAAUUAGGAGUCUGUGCCAAUGUGCUUAACUUGGUCAAUGUUGUAGUUGGUUCACCCCCGGUGAAGCCAUGCUGCUCCCUUCUCCAAGGCCUGGCCGACCUCGAAGCUGCCGUUUGCCUCUGCACCGCACUCAGAGCUAACGUGUUGGGCCUGAACCUUAAUAUCCCAGUUUCCCUUAGCUUGCUUCUCAACGUUUGCGGAAGGAGUACCGACUUCGAAUGCUAAAUUGUCAGUUUUCAG